AUGGAAGUCAACGAAAGCGCCGAAGUUCGGUCUACCGGCACGCCGCCGACCAAUGGUGGUAACGGCGGGGGUAACUGUUGCGGCACGUCCCCUGCAGUCGGCGCUCCGACGGAACAUACUUCCGACGCGAAGAUCUUGAGCAAGAAUUCGAACGGCACAAUGAUUAUGACAUCCAGUCCAAGUAACGAAGCUGAAUUACAAUUGUACAGGGUAAUGCAGAGAGCUAGUCUUUUAGCGUAUUACGACACACUACUCGAAAUGGGAGGCGAUGACUUGCAACAGCUUUGUGACGCCGGCGAAGAGGAAUUUCUUGAGAUAAUGGCACUGGUCGGUAUGGCGUCAAAACCACUACAUGUUAGACGGCUGCAGAAAGCUUUGCACGAAUGGGUCAGCAACCCAACCAUGUUCCAAGCGCCGCUGACGUCUCCUGUCGCAGGUGGUGGUUCCAGUGCUAUCGUCCUGCCACCGAACCCGGUGCGGCCCUUUCUCAGCGUCUGCCCGAAUCCGUUGAUUCAGACAUCCAUACACCACGGUUACUAUACACCUCUAGGAUACGGUUACCAGCCGCCCACGUCACCAUCGCCCGUGCCCAGUUCGACCAACCAACUACCACAGGUUGCACAAACGAGCGAAGCUACAACUUCGGCUGGACAACACUAUGGUGAUAGUAACAGUCCUGGCCAAAGUCCAGGAUCGCCGUUGCAGCUGUCUCCGUCACUGGAUGAAUCCCAAAUCGCCCGGUUGGCUACGUCAGCUAAGCAACUAGUGCAAAGGCUACCGCAGUACCAACCCAAGGCACAGACAGCGAAACGAAAGGCGAACAAAGAACUCGAGUGCGUCAUGAACAUGCAGGAAGAAGAUCCUAGGCGCAUAGAAUCAAUUAGGAAGUAUUCCGCUAUUUACGGGCGGUUCGAUUGCAAAAGGAAACCAGAAAAACCUUUGACAUUGCACGAGGUAUCCGUAAACGAGGCUGCCGCACAGAUAUGCAAAUUAGUGCCUGCCCUGUUGACUAGACGAGACGAACUGUUCUCUUUAGCCCGACAAGUGGUCCGUGACUCGGGAUACCAUUACUCUAAAGGACAUUCCAAGUCAAGCAUGCUGCAGAGUUUCGGAGGAUUGACUUCGAACGGCGACUGUAGUUACGGGUCGAAAAGGCCCCGUCUGGACGAUCACGUGGAACUACUCAAAAUUCGGCGACAGGAACGUUUAGAUCAGAUCGCUGACGAACUAAAGGCAGUCAACGAUCGCCGAGAGGAGCUGGACCAGAGCACCAAAGAUGACCAGGCGGUCCUGCACCAGUUGGAAACCCUGAAGAAUCGCCAAGCGCAGCUGUUGGUGGAACAGAACGACCUGAGGCAAAACAAGUCGAUGCGGAGGGACAGGAGCGGCGGAAGGACGUCGUCAUCGGCCGGUUUCGAUACGGACGACACGGACUCUCAAAUGUCGUACAGUAAUACUAGUUCUCCAUUACAGGACAUUAGUGACUCGAGGGAUUCGAUGACUCGUUGCAGCGUCGACUACCACCACGACGGAAAACCAUCACAGAAUACCGGUAAUCAGAUUAACUUGUCUCACGGCGAUACAGACGACACGGACGAAGACGACGGAGAACCUCAGCGCCGUCGCCGCAGUCGCAGUCCGUCCACCCACAUAAACGGCAACAGACAUCUGGUUGAUCGGUUUUUCAACGACAAAGUCCAGAUAAUAUCGUCGAGCGGCGGCAACAUAAUCGCCGUCGCCAAUCCGGCGCUGUUGAUGUCCGCUGCGACGACAACGACGCCGCCGCCGCCAAUGAAAAUCGAACCAGUUUCACCGACGCGAGACGACGACUGA